CCAGGCUCGGCUCCGCACGUAGGGCUGCGCUCUGUUUACGGACGGCAGGUUAUAAAUCCGCUGCUCACACAGCCGCCGCUCGUAGAUUAGCACUAGGCUGCUGGCUGGCUAGUGAGGGGAGUGUUGUGCAGGCCAUAUACACUAAGACAAUAGCGGGUUCCUGCCUUCUUCGUAUCUGAGACUUUUGUGGAUUUUUUUGUGUUUUGUUUUGGAAAUUGUUACUGGUACUGUGAAGAAAAAAAAAAUGGUUCAGAACAAGAUUGCAGAGCUGAAAGGUUUCCAUCACUCCUUCAAGGGUCAGACUCCCUUUGAUGGAUUUUGUGAUGACACUGAGCCAUCUCAUAUUGAGAAGGUGUUUAAUUUUGACUGUCCUGGAAGACCUGACAUGCCCUCAAGUAAACCCAUUGACAUCCCAGACGCAAAGAAAAGAAACAAAAAGAAAAAACGAUGUCGGGCCACAGACAGCUUCAGUGGCAGGUUUGAAGAUGUUUACAAGCUGAACGGAGAGAUGUUGGGGGAGGGGUCUUUUGCCAGGGUACAGACCUGUGGAAAUCUAAUCACCAAUAAAGAGUAUGCUGUGAAGAUUAUUGAGAAACGACCGGGCCACAGUCGCAGUCGGGUGUUCCGUGAGGUGGAGAUGCUCUAUCAGUGUCAGGGACACAGGAACAUUCUUGAACUUAUUGAAUUCUUUGAAGAUGAGGACAAGUUCUACUUAGUUUUUGAAAAAAUGGAAGGAGGGUCUAUAUUAACGCACAUACACAGACGUAAGCACUUCAACGAACGGGAAGCCAGUAUUGUUGUCCAUGAGAUAGCAAGUGCAUUGGACUUCCUCCACAACAAAGGUAUGGCCCACCGCGACUUGAAGCCGGAGAACAUCUUGUGUGAAAACCCAGAGCAGCUCUCUCCUGUAAAGAUCUGUGACUUUGACCUGGGAAGUGGGAUAAAACUGAAUGGAGACUGUUCCCCCAUUUCGACCCCUGAACUUCUGACGCCGUGUGGCUCUGCAGAGUACAUGGCCCCGGAGGUUGUGGAGGUGUUUAACGAGGAGGCUUCAAUCUACGAUAAACGCUGUGACUUGUGGAGUCUGGGUGUUAUAUUGUACAUCAUGCUCAGCGGCUAUCCACCCUUUGUAGGAAACUGUGGUACAGACUGUGGUUGGGACCGCGGUGAGGCGUGCCCGUCUUGUCAGAAUAACCUAUUUGAGAGCAUCCAGAAAGGGAAAUAUGAAUUCCCUGACAAAGACUGGGCUCACAUCUCUUUUGGUGCCAAGGACCUCAUUACGAAGCUCCUCGUCAGAGACGCCAAGAAGAGAUUGAGUGCAGCACAGGUGCUGGAGCACCCAUGGGUGCAGGGGCACGCACCAGAGAACACCCUGCCAACUCCCCGUCUCCUCCAGAGGAACAGCAGUGCCAAAGAUCUCACGUAUUUUGCAGCCGAGGCAAUCGCCGUCAACAGGCAGCUCACCCAGCACGAAGAAAAUCAGGACGAGGAGAGUCAGCCGAUCCUCAUCAAAGCUACCUCAUGUUCCAUGCGGCUGUCUCCUCCCUCCGAAUCUAAACUGGCCAAACGGAGACAGAAGACGAGUGCAAUCCACCCAGCCAAUCAGCAGCUGUUGCCACCCUUGGUCCUGGUUGACAAUUGCGCGUGAUGUCAUUUACUCCCUGAAACACAACAGCAAUUAAGCCAGGGCCUACUGGCUGGCUUCCAAUUCUGGCAAUAUUACAAUACUGCUUCACACAAGAAGGAGCUGUUUACAGCAUUGGAAACCUGUAAAGGGUUGUUUGCAAUUAUAAAAUGCUUAAGAGUCCAAACAGCUGAGAAGCUGAGCAAGAAUUUAAGCACCUGUCUCUUCACCAAAGGAAUGUUUUCUUUUUUUUUAAAAAAAAGCAGUUUUUAAGCUUGUACUGUGAUCACCUCCAUAACAAUUGUGGUUUUAUUUUAGCUGCUUUUUUUCACUGUUAGCUUGGGCUACUGAGACUGAGCUGUGUGUCUGCGUUUCCAGCAGUUCCUAUUCUUUCCAUUGUCUUCCCUGGGCACUGGCAGAGGGGGCGGGGGAGGGAGGGCUGGCUGGAUUUAGAAGGAUUCGGCUGCAUAAGGCUUGGGAGACUAGAGGCACCAAACACCCACCGAAAUGUAGUGUACUCUACAGCUUAUUUAAAAACAAAAAAAACAAGGCUACUUAUGCAUACCAGAGGACGGUGUGCAAGAGAGAUUUUUUGUAUACUGUUUUUUUUUUAAAAAAAACUCUAGUUGUGAAUCCAACUUCCCUGUCACUGUUUUCCAUUCUUACAGCAUUUUCCGGGAGGGAAAAUGUAUAAAUUCUGUUUCCUUGGUUUCUACCAAAUCACACACUCUUCUGCAGCAGGAGCUGGGGAAAGACCAGAGUAUUAGAGGUGCGGUUGGGACAGGAGAAAGAUUUCGAGGAAAAAGGCAUUCCAGAUACAAAAAUAACAGUAGUCUUUUUAAGGUUUGUGUGAAAUCUUCCAAAUUUUAUCGUGUUUGUGUUCAUUUUGUUUUGCAAAACUCUAGAUGGGCUCUGAAAGUGUCACAUACUGAUUUUUUGCUUUUUUUUUUGAAGCUUUGAAAAGUGGGUGUUAAUGUGUGUUUCUCUGUGCUUGUGGGCCAUCCUUGUUAAUGUGGCGGUUGUGUUCAAAAGUUGCUGAAUGUAUACUUUAAGCUUUUCUCUCUGUUGCUGACUUGAAGUCCCAUUCGGAAGUGUCCAGUGAAAGUGGGCAGAGAGUGGGGGCAGUGGCUUCUCCAUUGCCUUAGGGUACCCCACCUGUAGGGUACCCGCAGGGAAGCUUGUAAGGUGUAGAGUUUAUAUAAACAACCUCUGAGGGGUGGAAAGUGGCUCUGUCUCGGCCACUGAGGAACACGGAGCUGGAGUGUAACAAUCCACUGCCAUAUUAAUAGUGCUUUAGGGCAGAAGCUAGUUCCCAGGUGUGGUCCCAUCUGAGAUCUCCCCACAAAAGGCUGUUCUUUUUAAUGUAAGAAAACAUGUCUCCCUGCUGCACAAACGAAGAAAGCUUCAAAUAUGGUUCACUCAGUCUCAGUCAAGCCUACACUAAGGACAAGUUGCAAUUGGGCACUGGGUUAUUGGAGGGAGCUCUUGCAGAUUGAAAAUGUGAGGGCCUUUGCAGGUGGGAGUGAGUUCGGUGAUGUCAGAAACUUUCUUUAUCAGCUCUGCACAAGGGAAACACUUACGGGGUCACUGAGGGCACUUUGCCAGUGGAGAUGUAACCAUUCAGGGCCCCUGCCAGCAGCCAGUGUGAGGAUGGAAAUGAAUGAGGUCGCAGAGGGCACUUUGCCAGUGGAGAAGUAACAACAUAGUCUGCAGCAUGGGAUUGAAUUAAAACUAUUUCCCUCAUCUUCAAGUAUUUUGAGUGAAAGUACCUCAAAAUGUAACAAUUAUAUAGAAACCAUUUCCUUGUAGGUGUACCUUCUGAUUCUGUUUGCUAUUAUGAAUGGGUUUUCCUUGAAUGGAAGAGUCUGGAAUGAAAGUAUCUUUUGACUGUAACAUUCACUAUUUUGUAGUUACAAGUUUGUCUGUCUUCUAUCUUGAGUCUUCCUGGUGGAAUCUAUGCAAAAAAUAAUUGCAUUGAGGUGAUGUUUGUUGAAGUGAAUGACUUUAAAUUUAGACUUGCCUCUCACUUUGGGAGGACCCGCGGCUGGUGGUGAACCUUCUCAGUUGUGGGAACUAUUUUGGACGUGAAAAUAUUCAGGCAGAAACUUGGAAGCCUUUAAAAUCAAAAAUUUUUGUUCUUCUGAAUGCAGAAGAACGUUGAGUGGAUGAAACUGAAGUCCAAACUCACUCAUUGGAAAUGUGUGAGUGACGGCUUAAAAAUGUCCUUUUAAUGCAAGUUAGAUCCGUUGCCCAAUCUGACUAUUUUCUGAAACAGUAUUAUCAGCGAUUGUAAGGUACUUUAUAGCAGACCGCUGGUAGUACAUGCAGCCAAUUUGAAUUGUUGUACAUUGCUAUUAUGUUUUGCUGAGUAUGACAUGUUCUUGUUGUCUUAUACUAAGACGACUAGAAUUUUGUAAGUGUUGUAUCAUCUCAUUUGAAUGGUGGCCUGUGCUGAGCAGUGGCACAGCUUGGUUUAGUUAAAGCACCAGCCGUAACUGAGCACAGUUGGUAUAUUAGCUGGCUCCUAAGGGGCAUGAAGCAAAAGCACUUUAUACACCAGGUGACUGAUGAGAUUCACUCUGAAACUUCUUACUGUUGUUGCCAGGAUAUUUUGUAUUGUUUUAUAAAAAUUUUAAUAAAUGCUUCAAACUUAAA